GUCAUGUAUACAUGUAUGUAACAGUAGCACCCUCACUCGCCAAAUCUCAAAUCGAUCCGAUCCCUAAACCUUCGAAACCAUAAUCAUCAUCAUCCGCAGCCAUGUCUCCCCAAAUUUCAACCGUUUUCAUCAUCUUCUUCUUCUCGUUCUUCUUCUCAACAUUGCAAUCAUCACCGUCGCCCAACACCGACAUCCACGAUCUCCUCCCUAAGUACGGCCUCCCAAAGGGAAUCCUCCCCGACGACGUCGCAUCCUACUCACUCUCCCCCGAUGGCCUCUUCCGCCUCAAGCUCCGCGCUCCCUGCUACGUCAACAUCGCCGGCCAUCUCGUCUUCUACGACGUCGACGUCACCGGCAAGCUCACCGAAGGUUCCGUCUCCGGUGUUUCUGGAAUCCAGGCCAAGAAGCUCUUCUUUUGGCUCCCCGUAACCGGAAUAAAGGUCCACCGCGAUUCCGGCACGCUUGAAUUCUUUGUGGGAGCGUUGUCGGAGGAGCUCCCCGCCGAUCAGUUCGAGGAUGUGCCUAAGUGCUCCCCCAGGGCAUUGCAAAUAACAGAACUGGUGUUGGAUGAGUGAAUGAGUAUCUUGUGCUUGUGAAGAUGACUCAAUGGUCGAUUGGUGGUUAUGUUGGGUUAAUUUACCUGUUGUUUAAUCCAGGGGUCAGUCAAUCACGGUACAUAAGUCAUAAGGAUCCAUGAUAUAAAAUGUAUUUUUCUCAAAAUUCAAAAUGAGUUGUGAUGAUACUAUAUCAUAUGUGACAUUUCUAUUUUAGUAAA